UACUCUUACUCCGGCUCGUCCAGAAGCAGGUUAGGCAACUGCAACGACAGUUUUAUCUCCUCGUAUAAAGAAAGAAUUGACCAAAGAACAUGAACAGUUUAAUUCGAUCCACUGCGAGGUGUCUUCGGCAGGGGGCGGCGGUCUAUCUUCCCAGGCAGGCCGACGGACGCGUGUGGUCGGCCUCGGCCCGGUUCCUGUGCGCGUCAGCGGACCUCCAAAAAGACCUUGGUGAGAUGGUCAAGAAGGACAAAGUGGUGGUGUUUAUGAAGGGGACGCCGGCUCAGCCCAUGUGUGGCUUCAGUAAUGCCGUGGUUCAGAUCCUCCGGAUGCAUGGGGUGGACGACUAUGCUUCGUACAACGUAUUAGAGGACUCCGAGCUCAGAGAAGGAGUUAAGACCUUCUCCAACUGGCCCACGAUCCCUCAGGUGUACUUCAGCGGCGAGUUUGUGGGGGGCUGCGACAUCCUGCUCCAGAUGCACCAGAACGGAGAUCUGGUGGAGGAGUUGAAGAAGCUGGGCAUCAGCUCUGCACUGCUGGAGGCUGAGAAAGAGUCCAAGUAGAGGGAGAGGAUGAACUUCAAACAGCUGACAGGACAGAGGACACAUUUAUCAGGUUUUAUCCCCCCCCCCCUCCCACCCCUCAGAUGAUCACAAAUAAAUCAACUCUCUAGGCAGCCAUGGGCAAAAUUAACUCACCCUUCUGGCCAAUAAGGCACAGCAAGAGUGCAGAUGAAAA